AUGGAGGGAAUUGUACGUCCAGUUAUGACUUGUUUUGCUACCACUUUUAUUACAUUGAAAAGCAUUUAUGAUCACAAACAAGCAUUGCAGAGUUUGACAACAAGUAGGCAUUUUACAAGUCAUAGACUUUCAAAAAGCGGAAAUGGAAAACUUGUGAGCUCAAUCAUCUUGGAUAACAAGUUUUGGGAUGAUUGUUUGAUGCUUGUUAAAAUUGUGGCUCCUAUCAUAAAAUUGUUACAAAUUGUAGAUUCAGAUGAAAAACCUUCAUUAGAUUAUGUAUAUGAUGGCAUGCAUAGGGCACGAAAAGGAGUCAAGAAUAUAUUCUUAAAUAAGAAGAGAUUGUACAAACCUUACACUGAUAUAAUUAAAGAGCGGUGGGAUAAACAUCUUCGUCUUAACAUACAUGCAGCAGCUUAUUUUUUUAAUCGUACUUUGAUAUAUGAAGAAGGAUUUUGUCAAAAAGUAGAAGUCAUUCAAAGCCUAUUCAAUUUGCUUGAAAUCAAAAGCAUUUGUGGUGAUGGGACAAAAGCAAUGGGGGAGAUAAUGAUGUAUCAAGAACGUGAAGGGAGUUUUGGAAGACAAUCUGCAUGUCAUACUAGAAAAACAUUACAACCUGCAAAUGAAUGGUGGAAAUUAUGUGGCUCAAGGGCUCCUAGUUUGCAAAAGAUAGCUGCUCGAAUUCUUGGUCAAACAACUUCUUCUUUGGGAUGUGAAAGGAAUUGGAGUGUCUUUGAACGUAUUCACCCCAAAAAAGAAAUAGAUUGGAGUGUCAAAGACUCAGCGAUCUUACGUUAUUAUAAGAAGAGAUCUUAUGAUCUAAUUGAUUAUGAAUUUAUUGACAAAACAAACUUUUGGAUAGAGGAAGAAGUGUCACCACAAGAUUUCGAGUAUGAAGAUUUAGAUAAUGCUAUUUAUGAAUUUCCAAUGUUAACGAUCAUGAAAUUGAUGAUAAUGUCCAAGGUUCAUGACAAUGAAAAUAAGGAUGAGAUUAGUACUCAAGAGAUGGGACAUUUAGACACACUAGAUAUUAUUCAUCGUUUUGGUGGUUCAAGUGAUUGUGGAAGUGAUCAAGGGCUAAAUCAAUAUCAAACAAAGGCUUAG